AUGAGAAAGUGUUCGUUGGUGAUAUCCGAGCCUGAAAGAUCUGCUGAAGAAGAGUCCAAAACGCAGCUGGCCGACCCAAUCGUUCACAAUUGUGGAAGUCUUCCUUUAGUCGGCUCUUUAGUAUACUUUCGCAAGCGAGGUCACUUUGAGUCCUCAGGGCUGAAUGGUGACCAGACUCGUUCCAAACUCCUGGACCACAAGUCCAGCUCGUACCCGAAUCUAUCACAGUGUCUGGAGCAGGGCACAAAGUACGAUAACGACGAUGUCGACCCUUUGCAACCAACCUCGCCGGCCAGUUCCAUUUCUAGCAUUGAUUCCCAGAAAACGCUACAUGAGCAUGUUUUUGAUGAGAGCGAGAAAUCCGAUCCCUCGUUUGAUGAGCUGGAUAGUCACAUCAACCACCAGAGAAGCAACUCGUCGGGAUGGAACGAUACCGGUGACUGCUCCAGAUCCCUCAAAAAAGAUAGCAAGGUUAACACAAGGCACAGAAGACGCCUCACAUGUGCUGUCAUGUUCACAAAGCCAAGGCUUGUCCAGCUUUAG